AUGGUCCUCGCAUCGUCCAACUUCAAGACCGAGUUUGCGGUCGACAUGACCUGUCAGAGCUGCGUCAGUGCAGUCAAGACUGCUCUCGGCGGCGUGGAGGGCAUUGAGCGGUACGACAUUGAGCUCGAGAACAAGCGCGUCACCGUCACCGGAAAGAGUAAGCUGCUCCUCGCGGCCCUCAAGUCCACCCACCGCCAGGUCCUCGUGCGCGGCUCGUCAUCGGCCGACCCCAGCGUCCCCUCCCAGGCCGCCGUGUCGAUCCUCGAGUCGCCGCACCCUGUCCCCUCCAUCCCGUCCAGUGCCGGACCGUCGGCCACCGCCGCCGUCCGCGACCUUCCAGGCAUGAACGAGGAGGAGUUUAGCCAAAAAGUGUUUGGCAUUGCGCGUUUUGUCCAGAUUGCCCCCUCGUCGGUACUCAUGGACAUGACCGUCCGCCUCCCACCCUCGUCCACCAACCAAACGUUCAACGUCUACGUCUCCACCACGGGCAACGUCGUCGACCCACCACGUACCACCGGCGAGGCGCUGUAUCAGCUCGGCCGGAUCACGCCCGACAAGGACGGCUACGGCGACCUGUUCAAGGAGGUCGACGGCGAGCUGUGGCAGUGGAUCGGGCGCGGCUGUGUGGUCCAGGCUGCCACGAGCGGUGUGCCCGCCGGACCCGCCGCCGACGCCAAGCCCGGAUCCAUCUUUGCCGGCGUCGUGGCGCGCUCGAGCGGGGUGUGGGGUAACGACAAGACAGUGUGUGCGUGCUCGGGACGUACAAUGUGGGAGGAAGGCAGGGAGAUGGAGGCCAAGGGUAUGCUCUAG